AUGGUGAAGAGCGCGCAGCAGCAGCCGCAGGGGGGGCUCGGCGGCGACGGCGGCAAUGCGGUGGCGGCGAGGCAGGGCGGCGGCGGCGGCGGGAGGCAGCAGCAGCAGCAGUACAAGGGCGUGCGGAUGCGGAGCUGGGGGUCGUGGGUGUCGGAGAUCCGGGCGCCCAACCAGAAGACGCGCAUAUGGCUCGGCUCCUACUCCACCGCCGAGGCCGCCGCGCGCGCCUACGACGCCGCGCUGCUCUGCCUCCGGGGCUCCGCCGCCGACCUCAACUUCCCCGUGCACCUCCCCUUCCACGUCCCCGCCGCCGCCAUGUCGCCCAAGUCCAUCCAGCGCGUCGCCGCCGCCGCCGCCGCCAGUGCCGGCAGCAGCCCCCUGCAGCCUCCCCACACCAUGGCCUCCUCUGCCUCCUGGCCCGGCGCCGCCCCGCCGUGCGGCUACGGCGACAACGCGUCGUCCUUCGGCUCCCCAGAGGACCAGUCCGCCCGCCACAGCAACGCCGACGACGACGAGACCAUGGCGCACGGCGACGACGGCGUGGACUACGACGCGCUGGCGGACAUCGACGCCUUCUUCCAGUCGCCCAAGUGCAUGGACUACGCCAUGAUGAUGGACCCGUGCAGCACCUUCUUCGCGCCGGCGCCCAUGGCGCCCGUCGAGUGGGAGGAGGAAGGCGAGAUCAGCCUCUGGAGCUUCUCCUCCUACAACUGA